GGAAAUACGAAGUGAACAUAUAUAUUAGUGUCCUAAGUGAUGCAUUUACGCGUCUAUUUCUAUGUUGAUAUUCACCACAGCAUGAAAGUAAUCUAAUAUUUAUCAUCCUUCCAUCAUGGCGGACAUUGCCUCCUCUCUCCCAAAGCACUGGGCUGUUCUGAUCGGAAUAGACUUUUACAAGACUGGUGAAUGUCUUAAAGGAAGUGUCAAUGAUGUGACGACAAUAAAGCACUACCUAGAAUCAGGGCCGAAUCCAACAGAUAUCUCAAUUCUUACUGCAACGACACCUCCCACCUCGACCCCUCUCGGCCCAUUAGAACAUCCGGACUGUUUACCAACAAAAGAGAAUGUGGCUGAAAAACUAAGGAGAGUUUUGGAGUAUGCAAUGCCGGGUGACUUUGUAUACGUUCACUACUCAGGGCAUGGUACCCGAAUUGAUGACCAUCUUGCCCUCGUUCUCUUUGAUCACAGAGGUCCCGGCACAUCCUGUUUGCGAGGCAUGGAUCUGGCAACGAUUCUCAAUAAAUUCGUGGAGAAGGGGCUUUUAGUUACACUCGGUCUUGACUGCUGCUUCUCGGGCAGUGUACUACGAACCGAAGACAUUCGUGGUAUAGCUAUUCGAUCUAUUGAUUGUGACCUAUCCACCGAGGACCCGGUCUCAGGGGAACAUUAUGCGGACCUCAUGGUUAUCUGCAACUCAGAUAGCGCCUUUCGCGACUCAACCUUGCCUUCAGAUCGAUGGCUUAUCGACCCAGGGGGUUACACAAUCCUUUCCGCAUGUGGUCCACAGGAACUCUCACAUGAACUGGAAUUGAUAGAUACUAGGCGACGGAGAGGAGCUCUCAGUUACUUUCUAAUAGAAGCGUUAUGCUCUUUACGAAUGCAUAGUAUAGAAAUAACUAGCGAAUCUUUAUAUGAACAGUUACGUGUAAACUUUCGCGCGUCUUGGCCGCAGCAAACCCCGAUGCGUUACGGAAACAGGAACCUAUCGUUUUUCGGAAGACCCGUCACCGAACCGAAUGUGCCCAUUAUCCAUGCUUAUUUUAGCGAGGGUAACCUGUAUCUAGAUGCAGGAGAGGUUCAUGGCGUCCAUCCGGGGGAUCAAUAUGCUCUGUAUCCGCUUGAUUCAACAGAGGAUGUUACUAGUCAGCCCGAAGAUACAUCGAUUAUAGCUCAAGUCGGAACAGUCAAUGCACUGGUAUCGACUUUAGAACUAUCUACGACUUUAGAACUACCUACGACUUUGCAAAAGGUCCAGACAGGCUGGAAAGCAAAGCUAGUUACGUCUGUUUUGCAUCGAGCAACCCCUAUACGGCUUUUAUCAAGCAUCAGCAGUCAGAUUCAACGCAAUGAGGCUUUGAAACACCAAUACAUGCAUAUCUGCGCUUCGGAUGAUGAUACUGAGGCGUGCAUGUUUAAUGUUUCGCUUAAUGAUCAGAAGGAAUUUGAGAUACUAAAUGGAUCGCUCCAAAAGAUUCACAAUCUGCCAACAAUCCCUCUAAGUACACAAGGAGCCGAGCAUAAACUCAUGAAUAUUCUGGAGCAUAUUGCACAGUUCAAAUAUGCCGAAGCAAUUGGAAAUAAAAAGCCAAGUUCUUCUUUCGAAGGCUCAUUUUCGCUUUAUUCAUAUGUUGGUAGAAGCGAGAAAAGCAGCUCAAGCGUCCUUGAGGUUCAGCAUGGUACUAACUGGCAUCUCGUGAUUGAAAAUCGCAGCCAGGCACCCUUGUACUUGGCAAUUUUCGACUUUACCCCGUCCUGGAAGAUCGAGAAUAUCUUAUCGGCUGCGGCUGACGGUGGAUUCUUGGUUAUAGAAGGUGGAAAGACAGAGGAAUUGCCAAUAGGCAUGGAAAUUCCCAAGUUCCUCCUCGGUCAAGGUAAAAAGCGCUGCGAAGAGGUGCUGAAGGUCUUCCUCACAACUAAACCAACAAACUUUCCCUCGAUGAUCUUAUCAGAAAUUCCUCUUCAUUCAACUUUUUACCGUGGACAAAUUGACGAGUCUCACGACACAUUAUCGUUGUUUAUUGAAAGCCUGACAACUAAUUUUCGGGGCCAAGAUCCUGGGGGAGAGAGAUGGGCGACUCAGAACUUUAUUAUAACCACUACUAUAGAAUGACAAUGUGAUAGAAUGAUAUAUGAUGGCUGUAGGAUGAAUAAUUAAGGGUUACUUCUAAGUAGGAAAUGUAUUUAGCAAGCAGUUAGUUCCUCUAAGUGGUCCUAGAUUGCCUAGUUACAUUGUGAUCUCUAUAUCUCUUUUCAAUCAGCAAUUGCUACC